AUGGCUUUAACCACAAGCACAACUUCAACAAGCUCAUCACCCACAACUGCAACCUCGAGCACAUCUUCUACCAGCACAACACCCUACAACUUUAACCUCAAACAUGUCUACCACCAGCCCAACACCCAUAACUUUAAACUCAAGCACACCUUCAACCACCUCAACAACCACAAUUUCAACCUCAAGCAUAUCUUUAACCAGCUCAACAAACACAUGCAUGUCUUCAACCAGGCCAACAACCACAAUGUCGACCCCAAACACGUCUUUAACCAGCUCAACACCCAUGAUUUCAACCACGAGCCCAACUUCAAUGAGCACAUCUCCUACCACUGCAACAUCGAUCACCUCAACAACUUUUAUUUCUACCCCGAGCACAACCUCCACAAGCUCAACAUCCACUUCUUCAACCUCAAGCAUGUCUUCAACCGGUACAAAAACUUUAACCUCGAGCACAUCUUCAACCACCUCAACAACAUCCACGACUUUAACCCCAAGCAUGCAUCUUCACUCAGCAUUGGUUAUCAUAUCUUCAAGCAGCUUUACAAGCAUGACUACAACUUCCAGCACAUUGUUAACCAGCUCAACACACACAACUUCAACCCAGAGCACAUCUUCAACCAGCUCAACACCUACGACUUCAACCUCAACAAGAAUGGCAUCGCAAGAGGACGGCACAACAAGCAUAACUUCGCCAAUGAGCAUGUCUACAGACAGCACAACAACCACUCCAACGAGCUAUUCUACAGACAGCACGACAACCACAACUUUCCCAGACAGCACAACAACGCCGAUUUCAUCAACAAGCAUAACUUUGCCAAUGAGCAUGUCUACAGAUACCACAACAACAUCAUCAACAAGCAUAUCCACAGACAGCACGACCGACAGCACAACAACCACAUCAACAAGCCUUUCUACAGACAGCACAACAUCAUCAACGAGCAUAUCCACAGACAGUACGACCAGCACAAGUAUAGACAGCAAAACAAGCAUAACUUCACCAAUGAGCAUGUCUACAGACAGCACAACAACCACACCAAUGAGCUCUUCUACAGACAGCAUGACAACCACAACUUUGCCAGACAGCACAACAACGCCGAUUUUACCAACAAGCACAUCUACAGAUACCACAACAACAUCAACAAGCAUAUCCAUAGACAGCACGGUCGGCACAACUACAGACAGCACAACAAGCAUGACAAGCACAUCUACAGAAGGCACAACAACCACAACAUCACCAGUAAGCACAUCUACAGAUAG